UAGAGUUCUGUAUAGCUGUUUGCAUCGGACAGCUUUGGAAAAUGUUCCGAUCACAAAAUACUAUGUCUAAUAACUGUAGAUGACGUUUAUAUUCCUUAGUUGGAAGUUUUUUAAUAUGGCAAAGGUUUUCAUAUUUCUUAUAGUAUCUGUCAUAAUUGUUGCCAAUUUUCUGGCGAUAAUGAAGGAUACUAUUGACCCUAAUGAUGUAGCAGGCGACACUCUUUCUCAAUAUCGUGCAUUUAGGGAGGAAAGAAACUGGCCAAGAAUUGAUGAUAGACCAGAUAACAUUUUUUGGAUAAUUCAGCUCAGUGAUUUACAUAUUAGCAAGUUUAGGGAUCUGCAGCGAGGACCAGACUUUAUUAAUUUCUGUAAAGAUUACCUCACAGUCAUUCAACCCCAUGUGAUACUAAUAACUGGAGACCUUACUGAUGCAAAAGAAGUAGAUGACAGGUCAAGGCAGUUCUCAGAGGAGUGGCAAGUUUAUCAGCAAGCUAUUUGGGAAUGCAAGUCUGUGGUCAAUGCAACCUUUCUGGACACACGAGGCAAUCAUGAUGCAUUUGAUGUUCCCGACAUCUAUGGUGAAGGAAAUUUGUAUAGGAAACACUCAGAACAGGGGCCAUCUCAUGAAUUAUCUUACCACUACCAGCAUGUGACCAAAUUUGGAAAAUAUUCCUUUAUAGCUGUGGAUGCCUGUCCCAUUCCAGGACCUAAGAGACCAUUCAAUUUCUUUGGAAACCUGGAUGAUGAGCGAGAAAAACAACUUGAGCACUUUUCACUUGAGAGUCAGAGUAGUAACUUGACUGUCUGGUUUGGGCAUUAUCCAACAUCCCUCAUUUUACAGGAUCCUCCCGGCAUUCGGCAUAUCAUGAGAAAUGGGGUUGCCUACCUCUGUGGUCAUCUGCAUACACUUGGUGGACUGAUGCCACAGAUGUACAGUCGGCAGAAAACAGGCACUCUGGAACUGGAACUUGGUGACUGGAAAGAAAACAGAAUAUUUCGUAUUUUGGCAGUGGAUCAUGACAUUCUGUCAUUUACUGAUGAGAGGCUUGGAGAGUGGCCUAUAGUGCUGGUCACUAACCCUAAGCAUAGUCUUUUCCUUGCACCAGGGCGUGAGCCAGUAGAAACAAUUGCCUACUCUACUCACAUCAGAGUUCUUGUGUUCAGCCCAAAGCCUAUAGCCAGUGUUGAAAUCUUCCUAGACUCAGUCUUUGCAGGAAAAGCAGUGUCUAAAGGUGGUCCUUUGUACACUUUGCCUUGGAAUCCACAUUCUUUUGGUUCUGGUCUUCACAUGCUGAGAGUAAAAGUGAAGGAUAAUAGAAACCAUAUCAAGACUGUUCAGCAACCAUUUUCUGUGGAUGGAUCACAACCUGACUUUGCAUUCUGGCCAAGAGUUAUUCUCAUGGUGAACAUUUUCAAUUUGGCCAAAGUAGCAUAUGGUGUCCUGGUGUUUGUUUAUGUGCUGGUGUUGGCAUCACUUCGCCAGUGUGGCAGAGUGCACAGCCUGUUUCUGCCAGGUGAUACUUUUUUUGUGAGCUUCAUCAAUGGUUGGACAUACAGACUCUGGUUAGUUGCCAAAACAGACAGUAUCUACUACGUUCUUCAGGGUUUUAUCAUGUAUAUUACAUUUGGUCCAUGGUUUGUUGGUGAAAUAAUGUCAGACUAUAUUGGUGUGGUCUGUGUGUGGGGCAUCUAUGUCAAAGGCGCAUUCUUACCUGGUAGUCUAACAUUUUUCUAUGGAAUAUUCCAGGUGCUUACAUUCAACAUUCCUUUAUUACUGUUGCUGAGCUUAACCCUGGACAUUAGACGACAGCAAGUCAGCUCCCUACAUGUUCCUGCAGCAGCACAAUCUCUGGCUGGUCGUUACUUUGUUUUUUCACUUUUUCCUUUUUCCAUUCUUCUGGUCUUCCAGGGAUAUAUGGCACUGACGGAGUUCCCUAAAAAUUAUGGUACUCUAGCAAUGGUUCUUAGCCCAGUGCGGGUUGGAUCAUUGGUAGUAGCAGUUAUGCUUUUGUAUUUUGCUCAUACUACCACCGUUAAAAGAACAUGUGCUGUAAAUGGCAGAAUGUAUUAACAAACUAAAAUAAUUUUCUUUCCUUAAAUAUUGUGCAAAGAACAUUCUUCAAAGCAAACCAAAGAUACAGGGUUGAUGUCCAAAAUUUAAGGAAAGAGACUUUUUAAAAAAAGAAUUAUAAAGCGACAUAGUAUUUGCCAAUUUCUAAAUUAAGAAGUUCUAGAUCAGACCCUAGAUAAUGGAAAGGUUACUGUUUACUCCUAGGUAGAAUUUCUUAAAUGCUGUUAUUUGUUUUUGGAAGCAACUUGGUCUGGAGGUUAGUGUGCUUUACUUCAAACCAGAAGAUUGAUGGACAGGUAAACUACCCAGCAGGUGGACACCUGAUUUAUCAGAAAAGGAAAAUUGCUGUGGUAGGAAUAUAUUGGACUCCAUCCUGUAAAUGUUUUAGGCAUAAGAAAUCAAAACCACUUACAGUUAACUCCCCCUGCAGCUCCCUGCUGUUGAACACUGUAACACUUUACAAUUCAUGAGAAAAUAAGUUUUUAUGCUGAUGUUUUGUUAAGAGACAACCACUCACAGCCAGUCCUUUGAAAAGGAGCCACAUUCAGAAAAAAUACAUUAGAACCAAAAACAAGAUUUGAGUCAAUGGUAUACAAUACUUUAUUAAAUCGAAAGCUUAACCCUGACCACUACUCACCAGACUUGGUUUACAAAGGAAUGACCCAUCUUUGUGGAAUUAUCAAAAAGCCUUUAUUGCAUUAAUUCUUUAAACUACUCAGAUUCACACUAACAGGUUAAUGGAAAAGAUCAGGUUCUCUUUUAAACAAAAGAAGGCAGAGUCUGUUUUUAUGGACAAAUGUUUAUCCAACUUACACAGUUUACUUAAAUUUUAAAAAACAGAAAUAAUUUAAUACUAUUUAUUUUGUGAAUGCACUUAAAAAGGUGUAUUUGUACAUAAUAUGUGUAUAUUUGCAUACUUGUCUGUGUUAGUCUCCAACCUGGUAUAAGAGAUGUUAAAUGAUUUUCCACCUAAAGAACAAUUAAAUGUUGAUUGGUGUUUACCCCAUUGUUCCUUGUCCAGCACCCCACAUAACAAUUUCAAGAGCUGCUUUAAGGACACUCACUAAUGUUUAAAAUUCUUAAAAUAUGGAUGGUGCACUGCCUUCCACAUUUUAAUGACUAAUUUAUAAUGCUAUUUAUUGAAAGAUAAUGAAUCUUUUAAAGAGUUAUGAAAUCGUGAUCAUUUGUUCUUCAAGUAUUGUGAAUGUUCUAUCGUGGAGUUAAUUCAGAUAUGAGAUGCAUGCAUUCCAGGCUCAUUCUUCUGCUGAGUGAGUGAAUGUGUGAGAGAUUGUCUGUACAUGUGUGUGUGAAUCAUGGUUCUCACAGUUCAUGAACUAGCUUCUAGUUAAGUAAAUAUCUUUAUUUGAUGUUUCAGCAAAGUAUGGAUGACCUUUUUAUUUCUUUUUCUCUUUGCACUUUUUGCAGAGUUGACAAAUUCUUAAAUCUGCUUUGCACUUACAAUGUCAUUUGUGUGUUUUAAUGUCAACACUGUCUGUCUAAAGAUGCAUGUCAUAUUUGAGGUUUAGUUUUCCAGAUAACCCAAGUAAGAUGCAUUUUAAAGAUUUUUUAAAAAUUAAAAUGCAUUUAUAUCCAGUGGGAAAUUUUUAUCUAUAGCCAUUGGUCUUAGGCAAAAUAAGGUAUUAGAUUAUUAGUGAGUUUUUAUGAAGUGAUGAGACAUUUUGCUAUGACUGACCUUAGAGGAGACAGAGAAUGCAAGUCAAUAUCUGGGCUAUAGUAAAUCAAGUCAGCAGGACUGAUGCAUGGAUAACUUGGCUGUAUAUAUGUCUCUUUUGAUGACAUAAUGUUCUCUUUCACCAUGUGUUUAUAUCAUUUUGUAGAAGUUAUGUCUCUUGCUUUCUUUUGUUUAGUCUUUCUCAACUGUAGAAUACCUUGUGUUUCAGAAAAAGUCAAAUAUCAGUUCUUUCAUUCUAUGUGAAGUGUUGAUAACAUUAAUUUCUAGCAAAAAAGAAAAUAGUUAUAUAUUCUGCCCUUUAAUUAAAAUCAUUGAACCCUCUAUACCUUCUCAUUGUGUGUAACAUUGAAUUCCAUUGUUUAAGGUAUCCUGUUGAAUUGCUGUGUGAAUUAAAUGUAGAAUGUGAAGAAUGCACAAAAAUAAAAUAAAAAACAAAUA